GAGUUCGGUUGUCAGGUCGCCCUGAGUCAACUUUCAAGACCCGGUUCGGUCUGAUCUCCUAUUUCACGGACCAUACCGCGCUCAACGUCCUUUUUUGUCGACCUCACGGUUCCCUGAAAGCAGAUCUGCCCCCGAACUACGGUACCCAUAAGCUGGCAUAUUCGGAGCCUCGAAUUUGCUGUGCCAUUGUCGAAUCGGUCAUCAGCCGGAGGCGGCCUGCCUUCGGUCACCGGCGGCGCGUGAGGUAUCCAACAUACUCAUCCAGAUCUGCGCCUGCAACGGCAUUUCCGAGGACAAUGUCCGGCACUUUCUUCACCUCGUGGGAGCUAUGGCAGCAGAUGACAUUUGUGCUUGCCAUGGCGAUUGUGGCUGUUUUCUGCGCAGGUCUUGGCAAGCUGUGGUGGAAUAACAGACUGGUAAAGAAGCAAGAGGUGCUGGAUGAGGAGAAACGGGCGCGGGUGGAGGAGAUGCGUAAGACAGGGCUCCCCAUCAAGCGGACCAACAACAUUCCCUUCGGUGUUCGUGCGAUUCAAAGCGGCGUUGAGGUCGACGGCAUAUGGAUAUCUAGGCCUGCAUCACUCAAUGAGACGGCAUCGGCAAAGCUUACUUCCUCCACCUCUAUCGCCGGCAGGGACUCGGACUCGCAGAAAAAGCGGAGAGAUCACCCAGGGAACGAGAAGAAGGCAGUGCUGGUAACGACAACGAGUCUGGGAGACAAGCGAACGCCAUCGGCCGCUGCUGUUUCCCAGAAACUCACGGACCAUGAUCCCACGCAGCGCCCACAGUCUGGCGCUCCUCCCCUCUCCCGGUUCGCAUAUAAAGCCAGGAGACAGCCGUCGCGCCCGGCCGGCGGACUAGACCAGAAUACACUGCAAAGAUUAGAAGGCCAACCGGCGGAGCAACCGCUCUACGAGACAUACGUCCCCGCCUCCUCCUCUCGACAGGAACCGCGCCAGCCCAGUCAGCGAAGCUGGGAAUCCUCGUCCAGGGAGUCCGUGGACUCGCAAUCACGGAGCACAAGCGGCAGGAGCUACUCGUCCUCGUCGCAUAGCUCGAGGUUUUAUAUGGCGAGGACUACCCAGGGCGUACGGGCCGGGCACGAUCCUCCGCUGGGGCGAUGCUCCGAAGCAGAAGCAGCUUCCGACCCCUUUGCGACACCCGCCCGGACGCCGAGCGGGUUCUCGCUGCUUUCCCAGGUCGACACGCCUGGGCCGGGCGCACAGGGUCAGGGGGUGUCUGCGCCGGAACCGACCUUCGGCCCCGGGGACCUACACUUGAACUUGAAUCGGUCCUCAAGGCGGGUCAAUGAUGGGUUCGAGAUUCUUCCCGCAGGGGCUCUAGGGAUGCCAAGGGGGAUGGCAAAGCUCGAAGAGUCGGAGCAAAAUGGACAGGCUUCGGGGUCGUCGGCAAGGUUGCGCAAGUCUGGUGGUUGGCCUGCACGUUAGGGGAGCUACUAGUCCCACGGUGCUGUAUACCUAGUUAAGUAAACGAAUUUGACCUUUCUUCUCGUUCUUGUACACACUCACUACACAGCAAGGUUGCGUUGAUUUAUAUUUCCGAGGAUGUCUUUUGAGUUGAGGUAACAUCGUGGGUCCGUCGGUAGCGGUCAAAAUCCGGGAUCCCGUCGCAUUAUUCUUGGCACCCGCUGUUUACGCGUCGUCGGAACCGAUACCUUUUCACUUUCGGCAUCAUU